UGUGGGAAAGGAGGUCUCAUAGAGGAGUGUGGAUGCCACAAGUGAAGAAGGCAGGUGGAUGGACAUAAGGGGCAGAGCCAGUGCUGUAAACACUGGGCAUACGAGAGAACCCAGGCCACACAGCUAUAGAGACCUGAAGCCUUAAAAGUGCCCCUCAGUAUUUACCUCACUCCUGUCAGCCUGGAAUUGCCUGUCCAUUUUCUAAGAUUGAACUAUUCUUUUGAAGGGUGGAAUGAAGAUACCCAUGCUGAUGAUUGCAAAUCUUCUUUAUUUGCAUCUUAACACUAGCCUCUUUCUACUCUUCCUCCAACAUUAAGAUUCUCAUUCUUCUUUCUUUUGGGUGGGGUGAGGUGGGGAAGAGGAUGUUGCUGGCCAUAAAGAAAGCAUUAAUUUAUUCUAUUAAAAAUAUGUGGAAAAGAGGGAAGAUUUCUCUCUUAGAUUGUCAUUUCCCAGGCUCCCACAACCUUCCAUCCUAUGAAGAGGAUGAGGAAGAGGUUCCUCUAGCUUUUCUGGAGGAAGGGAGGCCUUGGAGAGAGAGAGUGUGAGCCACUGGUGUAGAAACAGAGGUGCAUGGUGUCCAGGUCGUGGUCCUCUGGAGUUUUUGAAUCAAUUAAAGCAAAUAAUGCUCUCUGUUUUCCACCAGGCCCAGACGAGCGAUUGGCCGAGGCCGGUCCCGUGACCAAGAAUUCCCUGCAAUUUCGCGGAGUCCUGGGUUUAAUAGAGAGAGUCCCCAUACGCUAGUAUUUAUCAGCAAUAUACAAUUAUAAAGGCCCAAAUUUUUAAAAAAGAGAAAGAACGCAAAAUCUCCUCUUCCCCAAAUCUCUCCAUCACAUAAACCUGGGGGGGGCAGGAGGUGGGGUCCCUUCCGAUCCUCCCUCCUGACGCCCCCCCCAGCAGGCCCCCUCCCCCACCAUUGAAAGCCAUGAAUUUUGAAUUUGAGAGGGAGAUUGGGUUUAUAAACAGCCAGCCAUCGCUCGCCGAGUGUCUGACUUCCUUCCCCGCUGUCUUGGAGACAUUUCAAACUUCAUCAAUCAAAGAGUCGACAUUAAUUCCUCCACCUCCUCCUUUCGAGCAAACCUUCCUCAGCCUCCAGCCCGGCGCCUCCACCCUUCAGAGACCCGGGAGCCAAAAGCGAGCCGAAGAUGGGCCAGCUCUACCGCAGCCACCUCCGCCGCUCCCCGCUGCCCCCCCGGCCCCCGAGUUCCCCUGGAUGAAAGAGAAGAAAUCCGCCAAGAAACCCAGCCAAUCCGCCACAUCUCCUUCCCUGGCCGCCUCCUCCGUCCCAGCCUCCGGGGUCGGAUCGCCUGCAGAUGGCCCGGGACUGCCGGAGGCUGGAGGCGGUGGGGCGCGUAGGCUGCGUACGGCUUACACUAACACGCAGCUGCUGGAGCUGGAGAAGGAAUUCCACUUUAACAAGUACCUGUGCCGUCCGCGCCGCGUGGAGAUCGCGGCCUUGCUGGACCUCACUGAGAGGCAGGUCAAAGUCUGGUUCCAGAACCGGCGCAUGAAGCACAAGCGGCAAACGCAGCACCGAGAGCCGCCAGACGGGGAGCCAGCUUGCCCUGGCGCCCUGGAGGACACCGGAGACCCUGCCGAGGAGCCCGCGGCCAGUCCAGGCGGCCCCUCCGCCUCACAGGCGGCGCGGGAAGGUUGCUGUCACGCGUCUGAGGUCGCGCCGGGACCCCUGGGCGCCCCAGGUCCCCUGCCUUUUGCCGAUCGCUUGGAGGGCGCGGGUGAGCCGAGCCCCGGCCGCGCGCUGCGCGGUACCGGUGGUCUGGAGCCCCGACCCUUGCCAGAAGACGCCUUCCCAGAGCGGCAGGAUUCGCCUUUCCUGCCCGACCUCAACUUCUUCGCGGCCGACUCCUUAUUCCAGCUGUCCGGAGGCCUCUCUUCCAGCCUACAGGGUUCUCUCGACAGCCCUGUCCCCUUUUGUGAGGAAGAUCUGGACUUCUUCACUAGCACACUCUGUGCCAUCGACCUACAGUUUCCUUAAUCCGUUUCCUCCUCCCGGCCUUUUGGACCCCCUCCCUCUUUGGCAAUCGGCUGGAAAAAUUGAGCCUCCCACGUCCCCCUCCCCAAGUCCUGUAGACAAGUAUUUUGCUAAAAUUCAGGUAUUAUUGAAUUAACAUUCAAUCCACUCCCUUUUAUUCUUUUUAAAUAUUGGGCACUUGGGCGUCUCUUUCAAAUCACAUAGAAAAAUUCCGUUUGGUAGAUUCCUUCCAACGAAAUCUCAGGAAUAAGUAAACUCUAGGGGGGGCUUUCUUAAAAAGGACUAGAGGGACCUAUUUUCUUUUUUUUUUAAGUUUUAGACUGUAGAUUAUUUAUUAAAAUUCUUUAAUAGGAAAAGGGGAAAGUAUUUAUUGUACAUUAUUUUCAUAGAUGAAAUAAAUGUCUUUAUAAUAC